AUGUAUUCAUACGGUAUGGAGGGAGAUGAUACUUAUUUACCCCAAGUUCAGUAUCCAUCUCCAUAUGAAAAUCAAUAUCAAGAUGAAGAAUCCCCAAGUCCACGCGGCGAAAAUCAUACUCCUUUUAUAGGGUAUUUUAGUUCCCAUUUAUUAAGAACUGGAUUUCUUUUACAAUGUUUGUCAUUAAUAUUAAUGUUUGUAUUUUACUGGGCAUUUGGAGGAACUGGAAUUUUUAUAUUUGAUUUAUAUGCAGGCCCCGAAUGUGUUAAAGUGUCAAGUGCAUUUCAUUUAACAAUAUCAGUUUUAAUGUCGAUAUAUUUAUUAGGUACAUUAUAUAUAGCAAUGUUUCAAGUAUUUGUAGCAGAUAAUAGUAAAUGGUGUAGAGGAUUUAGAGCUGGAUCUAAAUUAUUAUCAGCAGCUGUUACUCUAGAUCUUUUAUCAUCAAUAUUAAGAUUAGUUCAAUAUUUAUAUGCAUAUUUUUAUAUGAAUAUGAGAUGGUGGGCACGUUAUCAACAAACAAAAUCAGAUUGGACUUUAUUGCAUUUUGGAAGUAUCGUGCAUAGCUUUUCACUAUUUAUUUAUGGAGCAGCAUUUUUUUAUAUGGAAGCUUAUCAUGAUGAGGGUACAUAUGAAGAACUUGCAUGGUCUAAUUUGACUUUAUUUAAAUUAGCUGGAUUAGCAGAGUUAUUAAUGGUGUUUUCUGGUUUUGGAGCCUUCUUUUCAAUUCUUUUAUUGGGAGCAAUAAUGUGUGCAACAGUUUGGGCCUUUUCUUUUGAGCCUUUGUUAGAAAAAUGGUCACCAGAAUUACAUAGCAGAGAUAUAAAUGCUGAUGUAUUACCAGAAAUAAAACAUGAUGAUGAAAACUGUGGUUAUAAUGAAGAAAAUAUGUACGAGGCAUAUAACGGUAACCCUGAAAGCAUGGACUAUAAUGAAGAAAUGAUUAAACAGAAUGGAAAUGAAAAAUAUAUAAAUGGGAAUUCCAACUUUUAUGAACAGAAUAAUGGAAUUCCAACAACUUAUGAUUAUUCACAAAUUGAGGGUCAAGUAAAACAAAAUGCUGAAAUGGGAGUUUCUGAAAAUAAAUAUAAUAUUGGGCAAUAUUAA